CUUAAAGGAAGCUGCAUCUUGUAUAAAAAUCCAGUAAGACUCAGUGUCAAUAUAGUGAGAGUGUAAGUUCAUCGUCAAUUGUCAUCGGUUCGUGCGAUCGCAUAUCUUCAAUUCCAAAUCGCUUCAUCAUUUUCAGUGAAUCGAGUUCAUCUAAAAUUUCGUUUUAACGAUAGCAUAAAUUCUUAUUGGUGUGAAAGAAACCUGUUGAAGUUGACAAAUUUCCAAAAUGUCGGAGCCACUCGUCGUCGAAUCGGUGCACAUGUACGAAAAGGAGAAUGCCAAACUUCAUCACACGUUCAACUACGAAUUAGUACAUUUAGACCCACCGACAGCAGUUCUGAGAAGGGGCCAAACUUUUAAUCUUGCUGUGAGAUUCAAUCGAGAAUACGUGGACGAGUCUGAUAUCGUCAGAUUGCUGUUCAGUUUUGGACCAAAUCCAAACGUUUUGAGGGGCACCAGAGGAGUGAUCACCAUAACCAACAAAAAUAGUUACUUGACUGAUUUGGAAACAUGGAGUGUACGAAUGAUUGGUGUACAUGGAACGGAUUUGUCCGUGGAAGUGAGAAGUCCCAUCGAUAGUCCUGUUGGUUUGUGGCAGUUGAAUGUGGAGACCACCACCUUGGGCAGCAAGGCGGCUCCGAAUACCUUCAACUAUGAAAAGGAUAUUUAUCUGCUGUUUAAUCCGUGGUUGAAAGAGGAUGUAGUAUUCAUGGAAGAGGAACAACUUUUGGACGAAUAUGUCCUAAACGACGUUGGAAAGAUAUGGGUUGGCCCAUGGGGAAGUUCUCGAGGCAGAGAAUGGAUUUUCGGUCAAUUCGAUGUAUGUGUACUUCCUGCUUGUCAAUUGUUGCUAGAAAGAUCUGGCAUUAAAGCAACUUCCAGAGGAGAUCCUAUUAGGAUGUGCCGAGCUAUUUCGAGAAUCGUGAAUUCGAUCGACGACAGAGGUGUCAUAACCGGACGUUGGUUCGGCGGAUAUUGGGACGGUACCGCACCAUCCGCGUGGACCGGAAGCGUGCCAAUUCUAGAACAAUUCUUAGAAACCGGCGAGUCAGUGAAAUACGGACAAUGCUGGGUAUUCGCCGGUACUGUGACCACCAUAUGUCGUGCUCUCGGAAUACCAUCGAGGGUGGUGUCAAAUUUGGUAUCAGCUCACGACGCGAACGCCUCGCUUUCCAUCGAUUGUUAUUACGACAGAAACAACAAGGAGCUUGAAGAAGACCCUAAGAAUCCUAACGGUAAAGACUCGAUCUGGAAUUAUCAUGUGUGGAACGAUGUAUGGAUGGCCAGGCCAGAUUUGCCGAAAGGAUACGGAGGAUGGCAGGCCAUUGAUGCUACUCCUCAGGAACCUUCCGAGGGUGUUUAUCAGUGUGGACCAGCUUCCGUUGAAGCAAUUAGACAGGGGGCUGUUGGUUAUAAUUAUGACGUAACUUUCAUGUUAGCUUCGGUGAAUGCUGAUAUAAUGAGAUGGAAGGAAGAUCCAGAAAGUGAAUUGGGAUAUUCCAAAAUCGAUUGCAAUAAAUAUCACAUCGGUCGUAUGGUUCUAACGAAAGCACCUUGGAUUUACGAUCCGAAUGGCGACAGAGACAGAGAAAAUAUAACAUCAUUAUAUAAAGCGAAAGAAGGAACUGAAGCCGAGCGUUUGACACUGUACAGAGCAGUUCGCAGUACGGAAGUGGCCAAAAGAUUUUACUCUUUGCCUUCGCCAGGAAAAGAGGACGUGGAAUUCGAUCUCGUAGACCUGGAACGAGUGAAUAUCGGUCAUCCAUUUGCAGUAACCGUGAACAUAAAGAACAAAUCCAAUGAACCAAGAACCAUUCAAGCUGUUCUGUCUGCCGGUAGUGUUUACUAUAACGGGGUCAAGGCGAACCUGGUCAAGAGAGCAUCCGGUAACUUCGUACUUCAACCAAAUGCCACUGAACAGCUGAAGCUCACGAUCACAGUGGCCGAUUAUUUGGAUAAACUAGUAGAAUAUUGUAUUAUGAAACUAUACUGCAUUGCCACGGUCAAAGAAACUAGGCAAACAUGGGCCGAUGAGGAUGACUUCCAGGUGCUGAAGCCAAACAUUGCAAUUAAGAUCGACGGUGAACCAGUGGUAGGAAGUCCAUCAACGAUUUCGCUUCGCUUCAAAAAUCCGUUGAAGAGAAUGCUAACAGAGUGCAAAUUCAAUUAUGCUGGACCAGGACUCUCGAGGAACAAAACGUUGAUGUUCAGAGACGUCGAACCAGAAGAGGAUGUGUACGUGGAAUACCAGUUGGUUCCUCAGAAACCUGGACGACAGAAGAUUAUUGCUACUUUUACUUCGAAAGAACUCCUUGACAUCACAGGCUCCGCUGCCAUUGAUGUCCUCGACGAGAACGAGUGAAGUCCUUAAAUCUCACAAUUUCUCUAUCAACCGAAAUCCUUCUCACAUAAUUUUUAAAUCGUAACUCAAAGAA